UUCUUGUAAAAUUUUCGUGUGUGCGUGGUCGGAUAGAAGAAAGCUGUGAAUUUAAUAAAAUAUAAUUUCAAGGAAGUAUUUAUUUACAAUAAUAACGUUAUUAUAAAACAUGGCACGUACCAAGCAAACUGCGCGUAAAUCAACUGGUGGAAAGGCGCCCCGUAAACAACUCGCUACCAAGGCAGCGCGUAAGUCCGCGCCGUCGACUGGAGGUGUUAAGAAACCACAUCGCUAUCGUCCAGGCACUGUCGCUUUGCGUGAGAUCCGUCGCUACCAGAAGAGCACAGAGUUGCUCAUCCGUAAGUUGCCGUUCCAGCGGUUGGUGCGUGAAAUCGCUCAAGAUUUCAAGACCGACUUGCGUUUCCAGUCUGCUGCUAUCGGUGCUUUGCAGGAAGCAUCCGAGGCUUACCUAGUGGGCUUGUUCGAGGACACCAACCUUUGCGCAAUCCACGCGAAGCGCGUCACCAUUAUGCCCAAGGACAUUCAAUUGGCGCGUCGUAUCCGUGGCGAGCGCGCUUAAAUUAAGACGCCAUCUUGGAUUAGACACGCAGCUGCAAAAGCAAAAACAAUCGUGAAAAAUAUGUAUAAUCCACACCAUAAAGACGCAUUUAGAAGGAAGGCGGAAAUAUGCAUUUUAUUAGUAUAUUGCUCUUGUUGCGUAUUUCAAUUUUUGUUUGUAAGAGUAUUACAUGUUUUGAUUAAGUACAAACCACAACGAAUUACAUGUUAAAUGUACAAUUACCGAUAAUAAAUAAAACAUUAACAUAUGUACAUACAUAUGUAGUUCAAA